GCGCUCCCGUCGACAAAUCAGUGCCAUUGCCCGAGCAGCGCGCUCUGGUCGAGAGGGGAGACAGAGGAGAGCAGCACCAGCAGGAGUGGAGAGGGUCCAGAGAGGGAGAGAGAGGGGAGAGGACGGGAGCAGGAAAGCUGAACUUUAACGGCUUAAUUCGGUGAAAAUGUCGCCCUCGGAAUGCUAAGUUUAACCGGAGCUUUUUACCGCGGAACGUCCGCGGUAGUUGACGCACCGGCGGAGCGCCACGGACGGGAUAACUGCGAUAGUUCUCCCGUGAUAGCACUUCGACAGGAGGCUGUUAGUGCGUCUGUUUUAUAGUGAGUUCACACAGUAAAUUAUCUAUCUUUAGCUGUGGCUUCUGUUUAACUCAUUUUAUAUCCACGUAGCUUUAAAUUAGCGGUUUUCUAUUUGUUAGCUAACGGUAACGGACCGGCUGCGGAUGUUUUAGCUUAAAGCGGUGUCCUGUCUGUCAGUUAAUGAGAGCAGAUGAAUCACAUGCCUCUGAUCCCUGGGACUGCGAGAGCCGCUGGUUUCUACUGGAUUCUACUGUCUGGAGCUUGUUUAAGUUUAUGGAUGUCCUCCAGAUCCACUGUGAUUAAUUGAAAUAAACAACAACAACAACAUGUAUGCUGGACGGAAAAGAAGAAAACCUGCGCAGAAGGGAGUCAAGUCGACCCCUGCCGAAGGCGCCAAGUCUAACCCGUCCAAACGCCACCGCGACCGCCUGAACUCGGAGCUGGACCGGCUUGCCAGCCUGCUGCCCUUCUCCGACGACGUCAUCUCCAGCCUGGACAAGCUGUCCAUCCUGAGGCUCAGCGUCAGCUUCCUCCGCACAAAGAGCUUCUUCUCAGUGGCGCUGAAGAACCAGCUGUCCAAUGGCAUGAACAAAGGAGGCGAUCACCAUGACGACGGCAAGAUGACAGGAUCUGCAGACGGUCGCGUACCUGAGGGGGAGCUGCUGCUGCAGGCCCUGAACGGCUUCAUCCUCGUGGUGACGGCUGAGGGAAUCAUCUUCUUCUGCUCCCACACCAUCCAGGAUUACCUCGGCUUCCAUCAGACUGACGUGAUGCAUCAGAGUGUGUUUGAGCUGAUCCACACUGAAGACCAGCAGGAGUUCAGGAGGAACCUGCACUGGGCCCUGAACCCCCCCACCAGCCUCCGAUCCCCCACAGAUCCCUCAACAGAUGGCGAUUCAGUGUCGACCUCUCCCUGCCUGGUGAGCUACAACCCCGACCAGCUUCCUCCCGAAAACUCGUCUUUCCUGGAGAGAGGCUUCGUCUGCCGCUUCCGCUGUUUGUUGGACAACUCCUCCGGCUUCCUGGCGUUGAACAUCCAGGGUCGGCUGAAGUUCCUCCACGGUCAGAGCCGUCAGCGCUGCGACAGCACAGAGGACGGUACACCGCCGCCGCCGCCUCCUCAGCUCGCCCUCUUCGCCAUCGCGACGCCCCUUCAGCCUCCAGCCAUCCUGGAAAUCAGGACGAGGAACAUGAUCUUCAGGACCAAGCACAAGCUCGACUUCACGCCAAUGGCCUGCGACGCAAAGGGUAAAAUCGUUCUGGGAUACACCGAGGCGGAGCUGAGGGUUCGUGGUUCGGGUUACCAGUUCAUCCACGCCGCUGACAUGUUGUACUGUGCCGAGAAUCACGUCCGAAUGAUAAAGACCGGAGAGAGCGGCCUCACCGUCUUCAGGCUGCUCACCAAGGACAACCGGUGGAAGUGGGUCCAGGCCAACGCCCGGCUCGUCUACAAGAACGGAAAGCCAGACUACAUCAUCGCCACCCAGAGGCCUUUAGCGGAUGAGGAAGGAGGGGAACACCUGAGGAAACGAUCUAUGCACCUCCCUUUCACCUUCGCCACCGGAGAGGCCCUGCUCUACCAGACCGGAUACCCGCUGCACGGCUUCCCCGACUCCUUCCAGGGCAAAGCCAAAGGCAGCAAGUCCAAAAAGGGCAAACCGGACAAGAGCGCCGCAGACGAACUGGACCCAAAGUCCCUGCUGGGAGCGCUCAUGAGCCAGGAUGAGUCGGUGUACAUCUGCCAGCCGGACACAGAGCCGAAGAUGUCCUACCACAGCAGCCUUUUCAGCGAGCAACAAAGCGAGACUGGCGGUUUCAGCGGGUUGUUGAGCAGCGACAGCUGGCCCAUCGUAUCUAACGGGGAGAUGGGGAGGUGCAAUGGUAAAACGUCCAGCUACGACCCGCUGCUCGCCACUCUGGACUCCCUGUCCCUAGACGGCGACGAGACGUGCUCCAACAGCGAGCUCUUCAGUGCUCUGGAGAACCUGGGUCUGAAUGCCGAAGACUUGGAGCUCCUGCUGCUUGACGAGAGGAUGAUCCAGGUGGAGCUGGACCCCAACCACGUCCCCACCCUCAGCGACCUCCUCACCAACAAUGAAAUCCUCUCCUACAUCCACGACUCCCUGGAGAGCGGCACCGAGGGAGAGGAGGACAGAGGUGGGUUCGGACCAGCGCAGAGUGUCCCCCAGCAGGUGUGUUUGACACCCGCUGUCCCUCCGCCCAUCGUCCAGCUGUCGCAACAGAUGCAGCAGCACACUCAGAUCCAGGCUGUCUCCCAGCCUGGAACUACAGACGCCAACAGUCACUGGGUGGUCUCGACAGAGAACCACCAUCACCCACAUGCUGUGCUCAGACCCUCACAGCUGAACGGCGAACACAAACACCUUAACUCACACCUGGAGUCGAGUCAACAGUGGCAGCAGCUCCAGCCCCAUCAGCAGGUAAGCAGCCAGAGUUUCCAGAGCCACUUUGCAGUCACCACGAACAGAUCUUACAUCCCGAAUGGACACGCCGCCUUUCCAACAAACAUGGAGGUCAGCCACAUGGGUUACAGCGUCUCCAACACGCCACACACAGGCGGCACAGGACUGAACGGCCUCACCACACCAGACAUUUAUCACUACCAGAGGCCCUGCCAGCUGCAGGGUCACCACAAACACCAGCAUGAGCAGCAGCAGAUGUUGCAGCAGACUCAGGUUCCUCCAUCUUGUUUGUCCCAGUGUCCCACCCAGAGCUCUGGGCUCGAUUUAGAGCAGCUGCUGGGUCUAUCGCAGCCGUCGUUAGAGGCCUACAGCAUGUUCAACACCGGAGCAGAGGACACCACCCACAGCAAGGUGGAGAACGGCUGCCUCCUCAGUGCCACCAAUGCAGCGUACAUCAGGACGUGUCUGAUGCCCAACGGAAACGGAGUGGCGACGGACGACAUCCCUGUCUCACGCCCCGAAGGACUCCCCGCUCUACAGGACCCCCAGAAAUCUGGAUUUUUCCUCUGAAAGGACAAAGACGAGGCUCAAACAGAGGUAGAGAAGGAAAAAGAAUCAAUUAGUUGAAAGGAAAAAAAAAGAGAAAGGACUUUAUGUUAUACUCAGAGAUACAGUAGGUACGAUGAGAAAAGACAAAACGAGAGGAAGAAAUGACGUUUUUAAUGUCACACUGUUAUAAUAUUACUAGUCGUGCGCUCACUGAAAGUUUAGUUUGUUGUGUUCCUUGCCGCCAGUCAGACGUCCAGUUUUCUGACUCUGUCAAGCCAAAACUCAUCACCUUCUGAUCUGUAUAUACACUGUUAAAGUCCUGGAGAGGAACUAAGAAGAGGAAGAGAAGUGGUUACACUUUAUCUGGAUAGUCCCAAGUUGAUGCUCAAGUUGACGACAAAAUGUUUGACUCAAGAUUAAUCCCAGCACAGACAAAAAGUAUAUACAGAGAUUUUAGUGCCGUUUAAUAUGAUAGAAAGCUGAGUUUCAACACUGGACUAUUAAAAUAAAGUGGGACUCACUUUGAUAUUUACAUACUUCACAUUACUGCUGACCAUUUCCUGAGGUGGCAAUUUAAUGUGAUGAGUCUGCAGCUUUUCGUACGAUUAAUUUGCACGUUAAAUAUAUUUUUGAACUGUUGUUUUUAUUCUGGGUUAAAGGAUCCUUGUAGUUGGUCUUCUGCCUCCGCGCUGUAUGUGAAAAGACCUUUAGCCUGAAAACAUAACAGCCAUGGGUGAGGUGGGGCAGUGCCAAAACAGUUUGCACAGGAACUGCAUAUUGCCAGAUCACACGUCAACAGUAAGGGUGGCGUUUUCAAAAGAUUGCACUCUGGAAGUUUGUGUUUUCAGGCCCCCAAAACACAAAAGGUUUAGCAUUUUAUACGUAAACUGUUGUCCUGUUAGUCUGCAACUUGAUUAUUGAUGCUUUGGAAAAUGGUCAGCAGCGAUACUAAAAGAUAUAAUUUAGUUAACGAGGCUGAAACGUGAAUAUUUGGAGCCGCGGAGCCUCACAAAUAUGUUACAGGAGAGUGAGAAUAUGCUGCUUUCAACAUGUCUGCUGGUAAUCUGUGUUUCCUCAGGCAGGAAAACUUUCUCAUUUCAAACAGCCACGAGAUUUGGACUGAACACACCAACAGAGUAUUUAAACAUCAGUGUUCGUCUGUCACUUAGAGGUAGAUGGAUUCUUAGGGUUAGUAGAUGUCGUUCGUCCUGGUGCUUUACAUGUCAACAAGCAUUUCAAUUUAUCAUUUUUUUAAGAUGAGAUUUAAAGUGUAAAAUCAGAACGGAGCAGCAGUUGAAAGGUUUUUAUUUAUUGCCGCUGCUUCUAUGGCUUCACAACAUUUUAUCCUAAUGCUGCAUUAUAGCCUAUUUAAGGUUUACAACGAUGCUGUGCACUUACAUGUAUGUUACAGGCAUAAUCAGAGAGGAUCUGAUUUGUCCGUCAAGUGGCACUGAAAUCAAACAAAAUAGCAUUUUUGUUUCCUGACCGGAGACAGUGUGAAAAUCUCCCGUUAAUGCCUUGUCUGGGCGGCUGAGGCCAGUCAGACUCCCACUUGCUUUAUCCUGCAGUCAUGUCGUGUGGGGAAACACUGAGUGCACUUACAUGCACACAGUAAUCCAUUAAGGACCUAAUUGUAAAUAAUAGAUUACAACUGAGGGCGGAAGAGGAAGCGCAUGUUAGUGUUUCUCAAGUUUUGUUUUCCUGUAAUCACAAAAUUAAUAUGAUUAGUGUUAUUAUUCCAUGAACAGGAAGGAACAGGAGAUUAAUUUCAAAUAAAACCUGUUAUUUUCAUAUCUACGGUGGCCCUGUGUGGACAUUUGAAGGAAAAAAAUUAUUGUGUCCCAUGAUUCGACGCAUGGGAAUGAGAUUGAAUUAAGUUUCUCUUGCUAAUAAUUACUCCAUGCCACGACGUAAUUCGAUCUUGUCGUAAUACGCUUUUUUCCCUUCAUAUGUCUCCAGAGGAGCUUUGUACAUAUCUGAUCAAUAUGUGCACAUGUGAAAAACUCCAGCUAGUAGCAUUAAAGUUAUUAUUGUUAAUGAUUGUUUAUAAUUUAAACAUCAGCAGUAUUAGUUGAGUUGAAGACUCAAAUCAAAACCGUGUUAGACUUAACAGAGCGAACACACACGUCCAUUAUGAGUCUCUCUCUGCAGUAUUCACUUCCUUUUACUCUUAAUGUUAAUGGGAACGUAUCAGACACAAUUUACCACUGCUUUUAUUAAUAAUAGUAUCAGAACAGACACUGUGACCGACAGUACACGCUGCUGAGACUUUAAUACAGCUGUGCCGCAGGUAGUUUUUGUGUCUCUGUUUAUUUUUUUGUUUGUUAGUCAAACAAAACUUCUCACCUGGCUCUUCCUCUUUAGCUUGUGAAGGUUAAAACAAUAUAACAAAACCUACAGCGAAAACAAUCAUCACCUGGACGCCCACAGCCAUCAGUGGGACAUGGAAACUUAAGCUGCAUUCAUGUCAUGUCAGAGUAACUGUAAAUAUCAGCUGCAGCUUCUUAAUGAAAAUUAUUAUAGAGGAAAUAGUCAUUAACAUGUGUGGAAUGAAGUCCUCAGCCGGACUUUAACUAGAGGAGUUGCAAUUAUACUGUAGUUGUCUCAAACACCCAGUUGACUUGUCGCUAAGCCCGCCCCUUUGUUGUUAGCUGGCAUGGCGCCCUUCCUGAAGGAAUAUUAUUCCAUUUUUGUAAAAAAUGAAAAAGUAGUUUCAGAUAGAAGCAGUUUUAUUGUUUUAUUUUAACCUCAUAUUUUACUGCAUAAAUCAGCUCACCUCUGAUGUGACAUGAAUGCUGUGUCACUCACAUUUAAAAGACUUUAAAAGCAAAAGAAAGAAAGAGCUUCGGUCACCGGAGCUGGAGCAUAAGGCGACGGACUGGACAGCAUUUAGCACUCAAAAACCAAAACGAGAAACAUGUGAACACACGUGUGUCUGCAGUUGCUCCUUUGUUGAAUGUCUUGGGUAAAACUGUAAAGGCGUUUAAAAAAACAAAGCUUUUAUUUCACGACAAAAAGGUGCUUAAAAGUGAUUUGUCGACAUUAGUAGACGAUGAAAUGCAUUUACAGAUUUGCCUCGUGUCUGUUAAUCCUGUUUUUUGUUUUUGCAAUUUUUUUGUAAACUGACUUUUCUUAUAAAACAGAUUAUUUAAAACCAGUUGUGAGAUCAAAUGCUGUAUGAAAUAAAAAAUUUAUAAAGAGACAAUCAUUUUCCAAGGCGCUUAAAAAAAAAAGAAUGGUUGUGUGUAUAUAACUGUGUUUUCUAUCGACGUUGUUGCAAGCACUACUUUAAAAUCACUGCUCUUAAAAAAACUCUCCAGCACUGAAAGUAGUCUUGUAGAAAAAAGCAUUUUAUGACUCUGUGUCGUUUGAAUAUUGUUCCCAAGAGUCGUGUGUUUUAUCUUUAUGUCAUGUUUGUCACUUUAGCUGAAAACUGAAAUCUGUGCCAUAACGGUAAGCUCAGACUUACUCCUGCUCAGUAUAUGAAGAGAAACAGUAUAUUUCAAAACACUUGAGCCACAUUUUACUUUAAAAAAUGAUCAAAUCUUUUCCUGAAGUUUAUCUUUAACAUCCACUUUGUCCACAAAUUAAGUUUUAAAGUGAAUUAAUUGCUUUAUAUUUAUGUUAUCAGCCAUUUUGUCAGGUUGAACGCAACAAAACCAAACUCUCCAGCAGCUGUUCAUGUUUUUAAAGGCACACAGACUUUAUUUUGCUACUUUUAUCACUGAAAGUUGUAGUUGUAUGUGAACAGGAUUUUUAAAAAAAUGCAGUUUGUCUUUGAGCUGUGUGUGGAAAUGUGCUCUCAGAUCCUGGAAAUAAAGGAUUUUGUGCAAUCACCCUGAA